AUGACUGCUAUGAACAUCAACGAUAGUUUUGACCCAACAGAGCAGCUCUUGCCUCACAUCGUGGAUCACUAUGCGGCUGUAAAGCCCGAUGCCGUGUAUGCCGAGUUUCCACAAUGCCCAACAAGCUACGACCAGGGAUAUCGCGGGAUCACAUACCGCGAGCUAGCCAGCGCCAUCAACGCCUUGGCAUGGUGGUUGGUCCAGACCAUUGGACUUGGAUCUUCAUUCAAACCGCUUGCGUACAUUGGCCCUAACGACGUACGAUAUGUCGCACUGGCCUUGGGGGCUGUGAAAGCCGGCUAUACGGCUUGUCCCAGUGCUGCUAGUGCGGUUCUAAAAGAAAAUAGCCUGCGUGUUUUAUAUGUUCCUGAUGUGGAAGAUCUUCUGCAGGCUAUCAGUCAGCCUAUUCUUUACGAAAAAGCAUUCUCAACGACCCAGAUGGAACCUCUCCUAACUAUCCAUACCUCAGGCUCGACCGGGAUGCCAAAACCGAUGACGUUAACUCACGCUUCGGCCGUGGCUGGAAUGAGAAUGUUUGCGAUGCCACCCCCAAAGGGACGGCGAGGACAGAAUCACCUCAUCACCGGGAAACGCGUGUAUUCCAUGCUCCCACCAUUCCAUGGUGCGUACCUCGCAUGUCACUUGAUGAACGCAGUGCCCUUUGAUACGGUCAUGGUGGCCCCAAUCGCUUCCGCCAUUCCGUCAGCUGCUGCACUGGUUCAGGCAUUGAAUCAGACAAAUGUUGAUGUCGCAAUCCUUGCACCUUUGAUUGUCGAAGAGUUGGCACAGGCCCCAGAUCUAUUGGAGUACUGUGCCCAACAAUUGGAAUGUAUACUGUAUGCUGGUGGGGAUCUGCCGCAGCACAUUGGGGAUCACGUAGCUACGAAGAUUCCACUCUAUAACCAAUAUGGAUCAACAGAGCUCGGGCUAGUGCCCUUGUUACUGCCAGACACCUCUUGUGGAUCCGGCGACUGGAAAUAUUUGGAGUUUCAUCCCGACCUCGGGCUAGAGCUGCGGCCAUCGCUGGACGGACAACAUGAGCUAUACAGCAAGCGGCAGACGGCAUUAGAGCGACAGCAGUUGGCGUUUACCUAUCAUGGAAGCUCGGAUAUGAAUGAAUAUGCCACGGGGGAUAUAUUUGAACCACACCCAAACAAUCCCGGUUGUUGGAAAUGGGUCGCUCGUCGCGAUGACAUUCUUAUUCUUUUGAAUGGAGAGAAAACGAACCCCAUAUCAAUGGAACACCAUCUGAUGAAACAUCCGUCCAUCAGUUGUGCUUUGGUCGUUGGGGCCCAUCACAUACAACCGGCCCUUUUAUUGGAGGGAAAAGUAGACAACUCGGCAUUUGAUCAGAAUGCAUUUGUGGAGAAGGUAUGGCCUACCAUUCAAGAAGCAAACAGAGAAUGCCCGGCGCAUGCUCGGAUCGCCAAGUCACAUAUUCUAUUUGCGAACUCAGCCACCCCUAUGAGCCGGUCAGGAAAGGGAACGAUUCAGCGAGUGGCUACAGUUGACCUGUACGAAAGCGCGAUAGAAAGACUGUACUGUGAUACAUGCACGGGCGAUGGAAGUGUUUUAACACGGCAUCAAGCGAAUGACCCUGACCUGGUCUCGUCAUUCAUCCUUAGCACUGUGAAGUAUGAGACUGGGUGGGAAUAUUUGGCUCUUGGGGAAGAUUUCUUUGCCCGUGGAAUGGACUCCCUGCAGACCCUGAAUACCGCAAGGGCGCUAAAACAGGGACUCGGCCUUAAAGAGCUUACUCCGUCGUUGAUAUACAAUAACCCCAGCGUCAGCACGCUUACACUGGUCUUGAUGCGUCCCAAUACCAAUCAUUGGGGAAGGCCCUUUGUGUCAGCCGAGGAGGAUCAUCUUUCAGAGCGCAAGGCCAUUCUCACUCUAUACCGAGAGAUGAUUGAUGGCAUCUCUCCUCAGUUUAUACAUCGACCGAGUAUCCCCGGACACUGCGUGCUUCUUACAAAAAGCACAGGCUCACUCGGCGUUCAUUUACUGCAUGAGCUCCUUAAAGCCCCUGUGGUGAACCACGUGUAUUGCAUAAUGAAGAUUCGCGGCGGGCGGGCAGCCCAAAUCGAGGAAAAUGAGCAACACAACCUGGAGAUCGAUUUACGCCAUGUGACCUUUUUGCAAGUCGAUCUAUCCCAUGAGAACUUCGGUCUUGAACGCCAAAUUGUAGACCAGCUCUAUCGAAAGGUCACUUUGGUCAUUCAUAACGAUUGGCCAAUCAAUCUAAACUGGCCGCUGGUCUCUUUUUCCUCACAGUUAUGUAGCUUGGUGAAUCUCAUAAGGUUAUGUUCUUCGACAAAGGCUCGUUCGGUGAUGUUUUUCGUGUCCUCAAUCGGUGCUCUGAUGGGCUAUCAGAGUCCAACCCAGACAAUUCCAGAAAGUGUUGUUGAUUUGGGGGGGCAGGCUGUCAAUGGCUAUGCAGAGAGCCGAUACAUGGCCGAGCAUCUCCUGGACUAUGCGAGCAGAAGGUUGGGCAUUCAGGCUUCCAUCGCACGAUUGACCUAUGUGCCCGAGUCGACACAACGAGCGUCACAUUGGGAUCUCAACGAAUGGCUGCCAAGUUUGAUGAUCGGUUCAUUCCGUCUCGGGGUCCUCCCUGGCUCUCUCGGCCCUCGUCUGAGUCACAUUGACUGGAUCCCGGUGGACCUGCUGUCGGAGGUUUUGGUUGAGCUUUCCUUGAGCGAUCACCGUGAGCGUGGGAGCUCGCCCACCGUUCAGGUCCAUCACCCGGUAAACCUCCGCCCAUCGAGCUGGGAGUCCAUGAUGCCUAUCAUCUUGGAAGAGUGCCGGCGAGCCUUAUUUGGCGGUCUUCAGGUAGUUUCGUUGAAAAAAUGGACCGAGCUGACUCGUCGAAAUGAGAAAAUCCGAGCACCAGAUGAUCAUGACCCCGACUCAGGACACGACAUCAGCCAUUUGCUUGGGCGGCUAACCAAGUUCUAUGAAACCGUCUUAGGGAGUGAAGAUGUGCCGGCGUUCCCGGAAACCAAACAAACUGCACGAAGAAGCGCCCUGCUAUCAACAGUCCCUGGAGUGCAGGAGGAAUGGAUUCGAAAGUGGGUGCGGGAGUGGCUCCAGAUUACGGAGAGCAGAUGGGAAUUCUGA